CUUGCUCGCUCAAAGAAAACGCCGUUCGCUUAAUGGCUGCCUGAAGAAAAAUCAAACCCGAGUUUAAAUAGUGCAAAAAACGGUGCAAAACGAUGCGUUCCGGUGCGGAAAACUAGCGCAAAAGUGUCCCAGUGUCGCGUGUGACCGAUUGCGAGCGAGUUCCGGCCCGCGGGCCCACUUUUCGAGUUAUUUGUGAACCGAUCGAAAUGCACAUCUCUGUUGAGAGCAGGAACUGAGCAGACUUGGACCGCCUGUCCCCCUCCAGGAUGGACCCAGGCACGAACGGAAACCAUCCGCCACCCGGGAUGGAUCCGCUGAAACCGGAUGGUAGCGCAGGGCUACCACCUCCGGUCGGUCCUGGAGCGAUGCCACCGAUGCACCCGUCAUCGCAGGCCGCCGCCGCCGCCGGAUACCAGCAUUACGGGUACGGUGCCCCGCCCAUGAUGGACCAUCACGCCGCGGCCAAAGAUCCAUACUACGGUUACAUCAACAAUCCGUAUUCGAUGCACGCGCCGUACCACCAUCAUUCCGCUUAUCAGCAUCCGUACCCGCAAACACCGUACGGUGGCCACUCGUACCAUCCGCAUCACCACCAGGGUCAUCACUCGCUGAUGCCACCGGCUGGUCCACCGCCACCAAGUGUGGCUUACCCAGGCUAUCCCGGCCACAGUCAAAGUGCUGCCCAAUCUUCACUUCCACCCCAACCCCAUCAGCUGGCCGGACCUUCAUCAAUGGGUCCAGGGCUGCAGAAAUCCCCGGAAAAGCCACAGCAAAUGUUCCCGGACCAUCAGCAACCGCCGAUGCCACCGACGGCGCAAAUCCAUGACGGCAAAAACAUGCUGAUUGGACCCACCAUCGGAGGACAGGACAUGAUCGAUGGCACGAUGGGCAUCCCCCCCAAGCGAAAGAUUGAAAUCCUCGACAACGUCCUAAUCAAAAAGUCCAAACAAGAGCUGGAAGCGGAGAAGCGCGACAGUUUGCCCCCGCCACCCGUAACGGAAGCAACUGCCCAGCCUCAACCACAUCCACCACCAGCGUCCGAAGCGAGCAAAUCUUCGUUCCAAAUCUCAAACCUUAUCGACGACAAACCCAGACAAGAAGCCCAACCUCAACCGGAAGAGCAAGAACCCCGGCCCCAACGCGAGCCAACGCCAGAAAAGACGGCGCCACCCAUCGAAGAGGUUCAACCAGAACCUCCUCCGAAGUCGACACCGCCCCAAGAACCACCCCCCUCGGACGACAACUCCAAGGUCGAAGAAACGGAAGAGACUGAUCCACUGGCACUGCCACCAGAACCGUCGUCGCAACCGGACGUCGAACCGGAAGCCGCCAGCACGUCGGCAUCCUCCUCCCAGCAAAUGGACUUUGACAUAACGGAAAAGCUCAAAGAAAUGGGCGAAAUCAGCGUAAAACCAGUGUCCAAAACGGACGCCAACGCAAGCAAGGCCAAGGAACUUGAAUGCACGGAGGAAAUCUCGCUGGAAAUCACCAAGAAAGACGCCGCCAUGCGAAAGGUAUCCAAUCUGAGGAAAAACAUCAAGGAAGUGAUGGACGACAACCAGCUGGAUGCGUCCACGUUGGCCGCACAGCGUCAGGAAUUGGAACGUUUGGCGCGUGUCCAGGAGCAGCAGCGGAUUAUCCGCGAAGUGCAGCGUCAGCUCGCCCUCGAGCGUCAAACCAACAAAACCGAGCAGAAAGUGAUGCAAUUCUUGCAGGGUCACGCGUCGAUCCUCAAAACGCAACAGCCCGGAACGUCGACUCCGGUCAAGGUGGGCUACGUUAAGAACCCGUUUGAGACGCGUGGCCGCCCGCCGAAGGCACGUCCCAUCCAGUCGGCCAACUUGACGCCCUCGGUCAGCAUCGCACCGGUGAAGGCCUCCGGCACGACGCUGGCCUCGCAGAUCCCGUCGAUUCCGGUGCGCACCUUUGACGAUAUGGACAGUGACGAAGAUUUUGACGAUGAAGACGAAGAGGAUGAGGACAGCGAGGCGGAGAUCAUUUCUCCACCGGAAAAGAAGGAAGUUGUCACGAUCGAUAGCUCCUCGGACGACGACUGCAUUGUGCUGUCGGAUGACGACGAAGAACCAGAGGACGAUUCGGACGAUGAUCCGCAAAACAGUGGGCUCCACGUGAACGACACGUACAACGUGCCGGACGAUAAGGGCCGCGUUGUUAUCAACGUUGGUCACGCCGAGGGCGAAGAGGACAUCUUCCUGGCGCCACAGAUUGCACGCAUCAUAAAGCCUCACCAGAUCGGUGGCGUUCGGUUCCUGUUUGACAACAUCAUCGAAUCGAUCGAACGGUACGACACUUCCACCGGAUUCGGUUGCAUCCUGGCGCACUCGAUGGGACUCGGCAAGACGUUGCAACUGGUCUGCUUUAGUGAUAUAUUUUUAAGACAUACCAGCUCCAAGACGGUUCUCAUCAUCAUGCCCAUCAACACGCUGCAAAACUGGCUGAACGAGUUCAAUACCUGGCUGCCGGAAGAUCCGGAGAGCAGUCCGCUGAAGAAUCAUGGUGAAGUGCGGCCACGAAACUUUAAAAUCUUUAUCCUCAACGAUAGCCACAAAACGCUCAAGUCACGCGCAAAGGUUGUCCUCGAGUGGGCCAAAAACGGCGGAGUUCUGCUGAUUGGGUACGAAAUGUACCGACUGCUCAGCCAGAAGAAGAUGACUAAAAAGAAGAAGAAAAAGAAGGGCGAGCCGGAGGUGAAGGAAGAAGAAAAGGAAUCCACCGAAGAGCAGAAGAAUAUGUUUGAUGAGAUUCACGAGGCGUUGGUGAAGCCGGGUCCGGAUUUGGUUGUGUGCGACGAAGGUCAUCGGAUCAAGAACUCGCAUGCCAGCAUCUCGGUAGCCCUGAAGCAGAUCAAGUCCAAGCGAAGAGUUGUGCUGACGGGUUAUCCGUUGCAGAACAAUCUGCUCGAGUACUGGUGCAUGGUUGACUUUGUGCGUCCCAAUUAUCUAGGCACCAAAACCGAGUUCAGCAACAUGUUCGAGCGUCCGAUCCAGAACGGUCAGUGCAUCGACUCCACGCCGCAGGACAUCAAACUGAUGCGCUAUCGAGCCCACGUACUGCACUCGUUACUUCUCGGUUUCGUUCAACGUCGCUCACACUCGGUGCUGCAGACCUCCCUUCCACAGAAGGAAGAGUACGUCAUGCUGAUCCGGAUGUCCGAAUUCCAGCGCAAGUUGUACACCGUUUUCAUGAACGAAGUCGUUCGCACCAAGGCCGUUCCGAACCCUCUCAAAGCGUUUGCCGUGUGCUGCAAGAUCUGGAACCACCCGGACGUUCUCUACAACUUCCUCAAGCAGAGCGAACGCGACCUGGACUUGGAAAUCGAAGAACCGGAACCUGCUCCGGCAGUCAAAGCUGCGGCAAGCACGCUUCCAGCGAUAGCCGCUGUCCCGGAACCACCACCACCACAAGCAGUCCCAGCUGUACCGGAGCCACCGAAAAAGGAAGAAAAAGAAAAGAAGAAACCGGGCAAAAAGCCGGCCGCACCGAAACCGCCCAAACCGCUUGCCCUAAAAAAGGACGGAACGCCUCGGAAGCCUCGCACCACCAAGAAACAGCAGGAGGCGAUGAAGGUACAGCAGGCCCAGCAACAGCAAGCGGUCGGCAAGGAUGGCAAGAUUGUUCCCGCGGCAACCGUCAGCCCGAGCACGCUGAACAAGGACCCAGCACCGGCUGUUGUCGAGAAUCCCGUUCCCGAUCCGAACGUGGUUAAGCAGGAAUAUCCAGCGUACCCUCAGCAGCAGCAGCAGCAACAAGGAAUGUAUCCCGGCUAUCAACAGCAGCAAGGUCAGCAAGGAGGGUAUCAAACUGGACAACCCGGUGCACCUCCGUACAAUCAGCAACCUUUUAACCAAGGCAUGAUGAACCAGGAUCCGAAUGGGUACAACAACUAUGGAAAUCAGUACGGAACGAGCGAUCCGUACAAUAGUUACAACAAUUACUACGGUCGCAAUGACUACAAUAACUACAAUCAAGGUUAUCAAGGAGGUUACGGCGGAUACGAUCAGGGUUAUCAAAAUAACUAUGGAGGAUCGAGUAACUACUAUUAUCCGCAGCAACAGCAGCAGCAGCAGCAACCACAAGAUAACUACUACCAACAACAACAGCAGCAGCCUCAAGGCGCAGCACAGAACAGUUCCUACAAUGGAAACUAUUACGGCAACACAAAUCAGUACAACUAUCCCGAUCAACAACAACAGCAACCGCAAAAUCCCCAACCAAUGUCGCAAGACCCACAGCAACAACAAUACAAUCAGUACGGAGACAUGACCCAGCCGGAACAGAAAUGGGAUCCCAACGCACCCGCUCCCGUCGUUAACCAACUCCCAUCGGCCGAUCCCUCAGCAUAUCCGCCAGCCAUUCCAUCGGUUGACCCAACACCCCCAGCACCACCAGUCCAAGUCCCAGUCCCAGCGGAACCAACGCCAGCGGACCAGGCGGCCGUCACGCAGCAGCAAGCCAACGCCCAGUUCGCCGACCAGCCGUCGCUCGAGGACCUCAAGGAUCCGCCCAUCAAGACCGAGGACGAAGAGAACGCCGAAAUCAAGGAGGAAAAACCGGCCGCCGAAAUCGUCGACAUGGACACCAAGAAGGUCAUCAGCGAGGCCACCGAUGCCGUCAAGCAGGAAGUAGAGGUGAAGAAGGAGGACGGGGAGGAGGGGGUGGUGAAAACGGAAAUCAAGACUGAACCAGGGCUUGAAGGUGUGAAGGUCGAGAAGGUGGGCAUGGAGGGUUCUGGGGAGGCGCAGGUGGCGCCGGUCAAGAUGGAAGUGAAGGAGGAAGAUGUGAAGAAGGAGGAUGGAGUGGAGGAGGUUAAAAAGGAGUUGGAAGCAGGUGAAAAGGAAGUGAAGAAAGAGGGUGAGGAAGUUAAGAAGGAGGAAGAGGGUAGUGAGAAGGAAGAAACUUUGGAAAAGUUGAAGGAAGACACGGACGAGAGCAAGUUGAAGGAAGAUUUGUUGAAGAUCGAGGACGAAUUCAAAGGUAAAGACGCGAAAGAUGGUGGCAAAGACAAGGAUGGUAAGGGAAAGGAUAAGGACAAGGAUAAGGACGAGAUUCCGUACGAGUGGGCGUUCGAGCUGAUGAAGGGUUACAUUCCGGAUCUGCUGGAGAGCUCGCCCAAGAUGGAGAUCUUUUUCUACAUUCUGAACGAGAGCAUCAAGUUGGGCGAUCGUAUGCUGGUGUUUAGUCAGAGUUUGUUGACGCUCAACUUGAUCGAGCGAUUCCUGCAGAAGAGUAAAAUUCCGGGAACGGAAAAUCACUGGGGAAAGAACACGAGCUAUUAUCGUUUGGACGGAUCGACGACCGCUCAGGAGCGUGAAAAGUUGAUCAACGAGUUCAACUCGAACCCAAACAUCCACCUGUUCCUGGUGUCGACCCGCGCUGGCUCGCUGGGCAUCAACUUGGUGGGUGCAAACCGGGUUGUGGUGUUUGAUGCCAGCUGGAAUCCGUGCCACGACACGCAGGCCGUCUGUCGGGUGUACCGUUACGGUCAGAAGAAGCCCUGCUUCGUGUAUCGAUUGGUGGUGGACAACUGCUUGGAGAAGAAGAUCUACGACCGGCAGAUCAACAAGCAGGGCAUGAGCGAUCGCAUCGUGGACGAGUGCAACCCGGAUGCGCAUCUUUCGAUGAAGGAAGUGACCAGUCUGUGUUACGACGACGGAGAGGAGAGUGAGGUGAAGGACUUUAGCGAAGACAAGGAAAAGUACAUUGAUGUCGUGAUGAAAUCGCUGCUGGAGAAGUACUCCAAACAACUGACGAAGGCUCCGUUUGCCCACGAAAGUUUGCUGAUCGAUCGCAAGGAGAAGAAGCUGUCGUCGGCCGAGAAGCGACAGGCCCAGCGCGGGUACGAGCUGGAGAAGCAAGCGGCAACCAAACCGAGCUACUCGUACACAUCGAUGGGCACCACCUAUCGGGCAAUCCGAACUCCGGACGGUUCGAUCAUUCACAGGCCAGUUGCAUCGGUUCGUCCGAUGCAGUCUGGUGAGGCAGGCAAGACCGGAAUCGGUGGCAAUAGGCCGACCCGCUGGAUUCCAGCGGAGGUUUGGCAGCGACAGGGCAUGACUGCCCAGGAAAUGACUCUUCCAAUCGAUGUGGUCAUCCCGACGAGUUCUGCCGACAAAUCCAACAUCGUGCUGAAGGCUGGCCAGAAGGUUAUGGUUCUGAAGUCGCCAAAGGGCAUCUACAUGCAGCUGGAGACGGGCAAAAUCAUCGCCAUCCGGACCGCGUUCAAGGUUAGCGCCAACAAGGACGGAAGUGGCAGCAAUGCGGCCACGAAGGGAGGUCUAGCCGCGCUGAGCACUCUCACCGGACGUAAACCGACCGCGUCCGCUACGGUUACGAAAGCAUCCGCCGGAACACCAUCCAAAGCGGACUGCUCCGAGGGCAACUCGCUAAGUAUUCCGUCCAACUCGGACGACGAGGAGAAAUCAGACUCGAGCAUCGUGCCACUCGAUGCGGACAGCGAAAAGGAAUCGAUGGCCAUUGACGACUACCCCGAGAAGGGAGAGAUUGUCGACUGCGACAUGAAGAGUGACGAGUUGGAAGAGGGUGAAAUCCGUGACGACAUGCUGCUGCCCAUCAAGAAGAUGCCACCGACGGGAAAGUUUGCCAACCCAUCGACGGCUUCAAAGUUCCCAAUGAUUCAAUCCGCCUACUCUUUAGCACCGAAAGGACAAGGUCCAGGUAAAAUGUUCCAACAAAAGCAGCCGAGCCAAACUGAUGUUCCUACAGGCAAGCAACCUGCGGCACCGCCUGCAACGGUCACUAUCGAGGACGAAAUCGCACCCCUGCGAGAGAAAGUGGUCUACAAACCAAACCUAGUGGAACGAAAAUCCAAGGUUCCACCGUCCUCCCUCAAGAACUAUCGACAUAAAGCUCCAGGAAAGGCUCCGGAAACGACGACUGGCCCAGCUAAAACCAACGCCGAAGAAAGUGGUCCUAUCCCAUCUCCUGCUGGACCACCAUCUACCGCCAACGCAGUCCCUCAAUCGACUCCGAUGGAUACUCAACAAGCCCCAAACAAUGUUCCUCCAGCUCAGCCAACUGGUCCAGGUGCACCUCCAGUGGAACCCCAACACUACCCCAACGCCCCCGGUCGUCCGAUGCCGCCGCAACAAACGGUUACAUCGCAACAGCAGCCCCAACAUCAUCCCCAACAGUAUCCACAGUCGUCAAACUAUCCAGUUCAUCAUCAGAUGGCCCCCGGCCAUCACCAAUCGCCGUACGCCGGCGGAGUGCCAAAUCAAUCGACUGCCGCUACGGGCAAGAGCCCGAUCCUACACCAACCCCAGCACAUGCACUCAUCACCAUCAUCGUCGUCCUCGUCACCGUACGGAACUUCCCCACACAAAGCGCAACACCAUGGCCAGCACCAGCAGCAAUCUUCGUGGCAUCCGUACGCCGCCGCAGGCGGAUCAGUCACCAAUCCCGCCAAUUUCUACGGCCAGCAAUCCCACGGCGUUCCUCCCCCGCCACCGUCCCAGUACGAGUCAAGUCUCAACUUCCUAGAGAAAACCACGUCCGCCCUCAUCAACAAUCAAAACCAGAGCGAGUUCCAAACCUCUCUCAGCAACAUCACCCGCUCCCCAACGCCGGACAACUUUAUGGAGUUCCAACCGAAGACGACCCCAACCGGCAAAAAGUCAGCCGCCAAAAAGCCCCCCAAGCAGCCAAAGAACGACUACAACGCUGCCAAGAAAGCGCUCAACAAGCGAAACAACCCCUCGCCCUACCAUCCGGUGUCGGGCUCGUCGGCGUCGUCCUCACCAUCCCCUUCACCGGCCGUCAUGAACCACAGCCAGAACAGCAACAGUAACAGCUCCCUUGGCGGAACGCCCACACCGGCCGCCGCCAACUAUCCGCCCGUGACCGGGUAUUACGAUCAGUAUUCGCAGCAGCAGCAGAUGCCUCCGACGACCGUCGCUGCCGGUGGGCCCGGUGUGUACGGUGCAGCAGGUGGUCAGCAGCAGAUGCAGCAGCAGCCGUACGGAGGCCCUCCGGUUGCCUCGUCGGCCUACGGUGGAACGUCAUACGCAUCUAGCAACAGCACAGCAUCAACCGUGAAUCGUUCCAACUACUAUCAGUCGUCACCCUCAUCAGCAUCUACCACCCCCACGACAAUGUCGUCUUCGACAGUUCCGACCGAUUCAUCCAACUAUUACCAUCAGCAGCAGCAGCAACAGCAGCAGUCUCAUCAUAGUCAGCAGCAGCAGCACCAGGUAAGAAGUCAUUCCCGUGGGUCAUCGUCGUCCCACAGCUAUGUUCCUCCGGUGGCACCUGCUGCGACUCAGCAUCAACAGCAGCAGCAGCAACUUCCGCAGCAAUCUCAAAGUUACAUGAACACAGCAGCACCGGCUACGGCCAGUUCCGUUGUUGCCGCCGAGGUCACUCCCAACAGUAACAACACCUACCAACAGACCAGUUCUUCCUCGUUUACACCGUACGCGUCCUACCCUUCAACGGCCACCAGCGGCACCGGCAGUCCCGGUGCGACCCAAACCGUGAGUUCCAAUGGUUCGGCGUUCCACCGGCCAGAUCCGGGUCUUCCAGUGGCGAAUGCCGGUGGCGGUGCCGUGGGAGCUGCUGGUGCCGCCGGUAGCUACGAAACUCCCCCGACCUACAUCCCCGAGAGCGGUGCCAACCCGUACCAAUAUCCGGCCUAUCAAGCUGCGGCCGCCGCCUCUCAGUAUCAAUCCCAAGGGUACUAUCCACCGCCGGCGUAUCCGUACUAUCCGGCGGCGGCCGCGGCAGCUGCUGCAGCGGGCGCUCCCGGUACGCCGUACGCGGCCACCGAUCCCCAGUACCACUCCUAUCCACCUCCACCGGCGGCGGCGCCCUCCAACUACAGCUAUCCCCCCUAUCCUAGUCAACCCGGCGUGGGACAGUGGCAGUAGGAACAACGGCAACCCGGCUAGGAAUUGUUGUGGAAUCGUGGCACUCUCGCACACAAAGAAUCUGCAAAUUUUGUUGAUUGCUCUCUACUUCAAAACUGAGAUACGGCUAUUCUAGAGUUUGUUUUAUAUUUUUUUUUUUCUGAGAAAAAGUAUUUAUGUUGUUAUGUUCCUUCUUCGCAACCUAACUUUUUUUAAGGGCAAACAGUUUUGCGUCGUGAGCGGUUGGUUGUAAGAUGCUCUCUUUAUUACUGUUUCCUGUUCUUUUUUUUGUAUAAUUUUAUAUUUUUAUAGAUAGGCCACACGUUCCUAAACAGAGAUAAAGAAUCACAUUUUAAAACAUGAAAUUUGCUUCACUCAAAUAGAAUGUGCUGUCAACUAGCGAAGGCUUAAAAACAUGCAUGCUCCAUCGUAGAGAUUUAGAUAUCAAACCAUCGUCAGUAGUUGGAACGCAAAAUUUAAAUUGCAAAUCUUAGUUGAUUCACUCUGGUUGAAAGGCACUUCGUUUUUACCAAAUUUGGCCUAGUUUCGUCGAAAUUGUAAGUAUCCGUCUAUCCUCCAAUCCCCGGAUUCGUUCAGUGCAAUGUAUUUUUGUUAUAUCUGAGUUGUCUAUGUAAAUUUUAUUGAACCAACACUGUUUUAGGUUUUCUAGAUAUUUAUCCGCAAUGUGCACAAAGAAAGAAAAAAAAUUAAAACAUUUAAAAGCGUAUAGUAGUGCUUUGUGUACCGUGCUAGGAGAUUACGUAGCACAAUAAAAAAAAGUAUGAAUAAUAUUAUUAAAGAAAUAUUUAGAAAUUAGAACAAACAGCGCUAAUUACCAACUGCAUUUGGAAUCUUGAGCUUGGCGCGAAUUGUAUUUGAAGAUAUCAGCUGCAAAAAAAGUAAAACAACUUCAAAGUAGAGUUACUAAACCGUUUAAAAACUGCUGAAAAGUUAGAGCAUACAUACACUCAUCCAUUAUCACCCCCAUACAAUGAAUGUUUUAAUCACAAGCCCACAUUUUACCCUACUCAUAGUCGAGUAAACAUAAAACAAACAUCCAGUUGGCGAUUUAUUAACUUUUAUUUAUUCGUCACAUGGUUGGAGUUCUUCCACGGUGUGGCGUUAAUUUGCACUCACUUUAAUCCAUCAACCACCCCCAAAACAAAAGUACAUCCCCCCUUCCUGUAAGGCAACGCAUUUACAAACGUCGUUUUAACUUAGAAGAAAGCAAGUAAACAAAACAAAAAAACUAGUAGAUAUUGCUAAAUGUCAAAGGCAAACAAAACAAGAAAAAAACAAGUUAUCCCAAUUGUCGUUUAGAAUCAAAUACUACUAAUUAUUACACACCUACCAACAACAACCACUAUCAAACAUUAAUUAAAAAAGAACAAAUACAUCAACCACUACUCCAAUUUAUAGAACUAUUGACCUACUUGUAAUGUAGCAAUUCGAGGUUACGUUCUGUAACGGUUAUGUUACGUGUACUAUACUGUAUCUCCGGUAUGUUUCGCUCUUGCAGUCUCUGCCCCUCGAUCGUUCAUUUACCCGUUCUCUCCUUCGGUUAGGUAAUCUGUUCGAGUUGUAAUUUUGUAUAGAAAAGAAAAAAAAAUCGAGCGAGAAUGAACCCAGCAGUGAAACGUGAAUCAAUCAGUUUUCCUUAUUGAGCGCGAUUUCGUGCGAAAUUUAAAAACCUAGGUAUUAUUAUUAUUCAAUGUUGAAAACAAAGAGAGACUUGCUUGCUUGAAGAAAAAGGAAAAAAAAGGAGUAAUAAACGGGUGGAGAUCCUCUCUCUCCUCGAGCGAGCGCGCACGCGUCAAGUCAAGCCAAGAAAGCUGCGUGUGUAUUUUGUGGUAAUAGUAGCAAGUGGUAUGAUUAUUUUAAUCAGUAAAGUAUAAAUUAAACUGAUAUCGACUACAAUAAUAUUAACACACACGAUACUAGAGUAAUGUAUGACGCGUAAUACAAAGUAUUUGAAGAAAUUAAACAA